AUCUUAGCAUCAUCUACAGAAAAUAGUUCACGAUCAAUGAGGUUUGGGUUUGUACCUAUCAUUUUGAUUCUUGUCAAGAUUUUUAACAUCAUGUGAAGCGUCACCAUAGGCAUAGGUGAAGCUCGAUCGAAGGGAAGGGCAAGAUUGCAAACGGGCAAAGUGCCUCUGUCGUAAAUGUUUUCCCUUGCUUCAAGAUCGUCCCUUCUUCUUCUCAUCACAGUCAACUUUUUCUAUUGUGUGUUCUGUGGAGAUCAGUCUAACCCAAAUGGGCCAACAUUCAAGCUGCUGUACGGUGGCAUUCUUGUCAAGGAAGCGGAGCAGUUGUAUAGUACUUCGGACGAAGCAAGCACUGUUAUAAAUGCAACACUGAAGCUUGCUGAUAAGCGUGGCCUGGCAGGCUAUGUACCAACUGAUGAACAGCUACUACGCGAUGCCAUUGCCAGCAACGUUACCAAACUAAAAUUGAUUUCAACGCAUGAUGGCUCCACUCCGUCAUUCUACAUGCACCAGGGACGGGGCAAGGAUGGCAGGAUGCACAGAUUCAGGCGGCAGAUGUUCUUUGGUGUCCUCUACGAAUUCACGCUGUCUUGGGCCUUGCCGGCCGUAAGCGCUCAUGAUCUUGGAAGUGGUAUCGAGUCACCCUCGUUUGUCAUCACACACCAUUUUACUGUCAACCGUGACCUGCGUAAAAAGUUCUACCUGUUCAAGCACCGUGUGUUCUGCACAGGAGGUGCAGCAAUCGGUGGUGCCUGCAGUGCAGAGUCGGGCUGUGAUGAGCGGCAAAGUACAUCGUCGCUUAUGUCAACAGCUGCUCAACUUGCCACCGGCUCAAGCACUGGCGAACCAGUGCCCUCACUGCAGCCAUGGAAACAGUGUCAACAGCACGGGCACCUUCCAUCCAGCUUUCACGCUGCCACCACUCUCUCCGUGCUGUCUUACAACAUUUGGAACUUCAACCCGGCAGAUGCAUAUGAUGAUGAGUACGCUCAGAGAGUGAAACGAAUAGGAAGACUUGUGCGCCAGUCUGGUGCAGCGAUCAUUGCCUUCCAAGAAGUACGGUUUGAUUACGGCCGUGGUGGACAUCUCGGGCCCAGCCAAGUUGACCACCUCUCCGCUGAGCUGAAGGGCUUUCAGUUUGUGUUCCAAGCAGCCAUGACGUAUCCGGAAGGAAUUCAUGGCCGUGUGGAAGAAGGACCAGCAGUGUUCUCUGCGUUUCCUAUCAUCUCCAGUGACUACAUCUUCCUACCCAGGGACCUGGAGAAUGACCAAGAUGUACAUCAGCGUAUUCUGCUCCAUGCACAGAUCUCCACACCUCAAGUCGGCUUGGUACAUUUGUUUGUAACCCACCUUUCGCUAAGUGAAGUUGCGCGCAAUAGAUCUGUGGUGAGGAUAUGGCAGUACAUGAAGCAGUUUGAUGGUCUUCUAAUCCUGGCUGGUGACCUGAAUGCUGAGCCACAAUCGGCAGCGAUGCAGUACUUGGCCGGUCUGGCAGAGAUUGAUGGCAGCUCAACCCACCAGCUACGGGACGCUUGGACAGUGUUUCACAAAGAGCCGAGACCCGCUGCUCCUGAUGUGUAUGAUGACCUUGAGGAGCAUGACCAUGGUCUCACCUUCAGCACACUUGACGAUGACUUGGUGAAGCGAAUUGAUUACUUAUUUUAUCAGAAGCCCGAUGACGUGCUUCACACAGCUACUGACCUGGUGGAUGAUGGCGGCCGCUGGGAGGAUGCGACAUCCGAUCAUGUCGGUGUGAAGGCAUCCUUCAUGCGAACCAGUUAGCAUGUUCAUGUUUACUCCUAUCGAGUAACCUCGAUCAUAAGAUAGUUGUGCCUUUAGGCCCUUUACCCAUCUGCGAGAUGUUAUUGUCCAAUACGGAUCUUACACAGAUGUACUAUCCUUUAAAUAUAUUUUGAGAAAGGUUAGUUUUGAAGCUGGCAACACAAAAGAAUUUCAUCAAAUAGCUGACUUUCCCAAUUUUGCCUGCUUCUAGCUACAAAACCGUUAUUUUCUACACUUAACCAGAUCAGAUGCAAUGCCAACUCCAAACAUGGAGGUCUUGUUUAGUGCAUAAAUUACCGGCAACUUCAUGUCUCCCAGCCUAAGUCUACAUGUGCUUCGAUUGAAGGACAUGUAGAUUUUCAUCCCCGUUUUAGUUUCUUUUCUUUUAUUAAAGAUAAAAUCUUUAUAUUGAUCCCCUUGCCCUUUGAAGACCUACGCUUAUUCUCAUCAGUAAUUUAUUCUAACUCUGUACGAAAUAAAGGUUUCCUGAGGCGUGUA